CAGCUCCCCAGGAAUAUGAUUGAAAACAGCAUGUUUGAGGAAGAACCAGAUGUGGUGGAUUUAGCCAAAGAGCCCUGUUUACAUCCUCUAGAGCCUGAUGAGGUGGAAUAUGAGCCCCGGGGUUCAAGAUUGCUGGUGCGGGGUCUUGGUGAGCAUGAGAUGGAUGAGGACGAAGAGGAUUAUGAGUCAUCUGCAAAACUGCUGGGCAUGUCCUUCAUGAACAGAAGCUCAGGCCUUCGGAACAGUGCAACUGGCUACAGGCCGAGCCCAGAUGGGACUUGUUCAGUACCCUCUGCAAGGACCAUGGCGAUCUGUGUUUUUCUUAUUGUGGUUGCCGUUUCUAUAAUCAUGGUGAUUUAUUUACUACCCAGAUGUACUUUUACCAAAGAAGGCUGCCAUAAAAAAAACCAAUCAAUGGGACUAAUUCAGCCAGUUGCAACAAAUGGAAAGUUGUUUCCGUGGGCACAAGUCAGGCUUCCCACCGCCAUUAUGCCACUACGCUAUGAACUUAACCUACACCCAAACCUAACCUCGAUGACAUUCAGGGGUUCUGUGACAAUUUCACUUCAGGCUCUUCAGGCCACGUGGAAUAUCGUUCUUCACAGUACAGGCCAUAAUAUUUCAAGAGUGACCUUUAUGUCAGCAGUUUCAAGCCAAGAAAAACAAGUUGAGGUCUUGGAAUACCCAUUUCAUGAACAAAUUGCAAUUGUUGCCCCUGAAGCUCUUCUUGAAGGACACAAUUAUACCUUGAAGAUAGAGUAUUCGGCGAAUAUAUCUACUUCUUACUGUGGGUUCUAUGGAAUCUCCUAUACAGAUGAAAGUAAUGAGAAAAAGUACUUUGCAGCAACUCAGUUUGAACCCCUGGCAGCAAGAUCUGCUUUUCCUUGUUUUGAUGAACCAGGAUUUAAAGCCACAUUUAUCAUCAGGAUCAUAAGGGAUGAGCACUAUACUGCUUUAUCAAAUAUGCCUAAGAAUUCAUCAAUCAUUAUGGAAGAUGGACUUAUUCAGGAUGAGUUUUCUGAGAGUGUGAAAAUGAGCACUUACCUGGUUGCAUUCAUUGUUGGGGAGAUGAAGAACCUGAGUCAGGACGUAAAUGGAACCCUGGUUUCUAUAUAUGCUGUACCAGAAAAGAUUGGUCAAGUUCACCAUGCCUUGGAAACAACUGUGAAGCUUCUUGAAUUCUAUCAAAACUACUUUGAAAUUCAAUACCCACUUAAGAAAUUGGAUUUGGUGGCUAUUCCUGACUUUGAAGCGGGAGCAAUGGAAAAUUGGGGUUUGCUCACCUUCCGUGAAGAGACACUUCUGUAUGACAAUAAUACUUCUUCAGUGGCUGAUAGAAAACUGGUUACUAAAAUCAUUGCUCAUGAGCUCUCCCAUCAGUGGUUUGGUAAUCUAGUAACAAUGGAGUGGUGGAAUGAUCUAUGGCUAAAUGAAGGGUUUGCUACUUUCAUGGAGUAUUUCUCCUUGGAAAAAAUAUUCAAAGAGCUUUCUAGUUAUGAAGAUUUCUUAGAUGCUCGAUUUAAAACCAUGAAGAAAGAUUCCUUGAAUUCAUCUCAUCCAAUAUCAUCAUCAUCUGUUCAGUCUUCAGAACAGAUCGAAGAAAUGUUUGAUUCUCUUUCCUAUUUUAAGGGAGCCUCUCUCUUGUUGAUGCUGAAAACUUAUCUUAGUGAGGAUGUAUUCCAAAAUGCUGUUGUCUUUUACCUGCAUAGUCAUAGCUAUGCAUCCAUUAAAAGUGAUGAUCUGUGGGAUAGUUUUAAUGAGGUCACAAACAAAACACUAGAUGUAAAGAAAAUGAUGAAAACCUGGACCCUGCAAAAAGGAUUUCCUUUAGUGACUGUCCAAAGAAAAGGAAAGGAGCUUCAUGUACAACAAGAAAGAUACUUUUUAAAUGUGAAGCCUGAAAUUCAGCCUUCAGAUGCAAGCUAUCUCUGGCAUAUUCCACUAUCCUAUGUCACUGAGGGAAGAAAUUACUCAAAAUAUCCAUUGGUAUUUUUACUGGACAAGAAAUCAGGUGUCAUCAAUCUUACAGAAGAAGUGCAGUGGAUCAAAGUCAAUACAAACAUGAAUGGCUAUUAUAUUGUACACUAUGCAGAUGAUGACUGGGAAGCACUAAUCAAACAGUUGAAAACGAAUCCUUAUGUCCUGAGUGACAAAGACCGAGCCAACCUCAUCAACAACAUCUUUGAACUUGCAGGCCUAGGCAAGGUGUCUCUUCAAAGGGCCUUUGAUUUGAUUGAUUACCUUGGAAAUGAGACCUAUACCGCCCCCAUCACUGAAGCCCUGUUCCAGACAGGCCUCAUCUAUAACCUCCUUGAAAAGCUGGGACACAUGGAUCUGGCCUCAAGAGUAGUGGCCAGGGUAUUUAAGUUACUUCAAAGUCAAAUCCAACAGCAAACUUGGACUGAUGAAGGCACCCCAUCUACUCGAGAGCUUCGGUCAGUCCUGUUAGAAUUUGCUUGCACCCACGGCCUAGAGAACUGCAGCACUGUUGCCAUGAAGCUCUUUGAUGAUUGGGUGGCAUCUAAUGGAACUCAAAGCCUACCUACUGAUGUCAUGACUACUGUGUUCAAGGUCGGAGCACAAACUGAGAAAGGCUGGUCAUUCCUACUAAGCAAGUAUGUCUCUAUAGGCUCUGAAGCAGAAAAGAAUAAAAUACUUGAGGCUCUUGCCAGCUCCGAGGAUGUACGGAAACUUUACUGGUUAAUGAAAAAGAGCCUCAGUGGAGAUAUCAUCCGAACACAGAAGCUGUCAUUUAUCAUUAGAACAGCUGGCCGACAUUUUCCUGGGCACUUGCUGGCAUGGGAUUUUGUCAAAGAGAACUGGAAUAAGCUUGUGCAGAAGUUUCAUCUGGGGUCCUAUACCAUACAAAGUAUUGUUGCCGGGUCAACACACCUGUUUUCAACAAAGGCACAUUUGUCUGAGGUCCAGGCGUUCUUUGAAAAUCAGUCAGAGGCAACCUUUCGGCUUCGUUGUGUCCAGGAGGCCUUGGAAGUCAUUCAGUUGAAUAUCCGAUGGAUGGAGAAGAACCUUAAAACUCUGACGUGGUGGCUGUAG